GCCCCUCGGACUCAUAUCAUAUGUGUUCAAGAUCUUCAGAGGGAGCGAGAGAGGGCGAGGGUGCCCAAUACACAUACAAAUCCUCUGUUUCACAGAUCUCCUAAUCUGCUUUCCCCACCGACGCGCAUGAGCCAUGGCGAGGCCCUCAUCAAAGCACGCAUCACUCAAGUUGGUGCUAAUAUGCUUGGCGCUUCUUGGAUUUGCUCUCAUCGCCGACUAUAUGUGGGCUUCCUCAUCUCGCUUCUCUUAUUCUUUAUCCAUUGCAUCCAAUUGGGCUCCUCCUUAUCGCUCCGAUAGCAGUAUAUCAGUUCCCACAAAACCAGACCGUAUAAAUCCCGGCAAGGGAGAGGCUGCUAAAGGCGGCAAAGAUGAUAAUCCCGGCAGAGCCCUGUCAGCAACCUUUGCUGAUCUGCCAGCUCCAGAGUUAACGUGGAAGAAGAUGGCAACUGCUCCUGUGCCUCGCUUGGAUGGUGCUGCAAUACAGAUCAAGAAUCUUCUAUUCGUAUUUGCUGGAUAUGGCACCAUUGAUUUGGUACAUUCACAUGUUGAUAUUUAUAAUUUUACUGAUAAUACAUGGGGAGGAAGAUUUGACAUGCCAAAGGAAAUGGCACAUUCACAUUUAGGAAUGGCAACUGAUGGAAGGUACAUUUAUGUAGUCACAGGGCAAUAUGGUCCACAGUGUCGGGGGCCUACCGCUCAUACAUUUGUUCUGGAUACUGAGACGAAGCAGUGGCAGGAUAUGCCCCCAUUACCAGUCCCUAGGUACGCACCAGCAACUCAACUUUGGAGAGGUAGACUCCAUGUGAUGGGUGGUAGCAAGGAAAACCGACACACACCUGGUGUGGAGCAUUGGAGCCUUGCCGUGAAGGAUGGGAAAGCCUUAGAAAAGGAGUGGAGGAGCGAGAUACCUAUUCCUCGAGGAGGACCUCACAGGGCAUGUAUUGUUGUUGAUGACCGACUCUAUGUUAUUGGAGGUCAAGAAGGUGAUUUUAUGGCAAAACCAGGAUCCCCUAUUUUCAAAUGCUCCCGCAGGAAUGAGGUGGUUUACGGCGAUGUUUAUAUGCUGGAUGAUGAUAUGAAAUGGAAAGUGUUGCCAUCAAUGCCGAAACCAGAUUCCCAUAUUGAAUUUGCUUGGAUAGUGGUCAACAAUUCAAUUGUUAUUGUUGGCGGCACGACAGAUAAGCAUCCUCAGACCAAGAAGAUGGUUCUCAAUGGAGAAGUAUUCCAAUUUAAUCUGGAUUUACAGCAAUGGUCAGUGAUAGGGAAGCUUCCAUUCCGUGUGAAAACGACGCUAGUUGGAUAUUGGGACGGAUGGCUGUACUUCACGUCUGGACAACGAGAUAAAGGACCAGACGAUCCCUCUCCUAAGAAGGUGAUUGGUGAAAUGUGGAGAACAAAAUUGAAACUCAUCUUAUGACAUAUCUUUCUAUUUAGCAGUUUCAAAUCGUAUCUCCAGCCACCUAUUUGACAUUUUUUUUUGCCCAAACCGCUUCUGCAUCUUCGUUUUGGCUGUGCCUUUCUUGUAGAGCGUAGAGGUUAAUCAAGAAGAAAAGAAAUCUCCCUCUCUUACUGUUAGAUGUAUUCUUUCUCCGACUAAAUAUUGUGUUGCUCCCAUUGUAUACAGAAAUAGAAAUAUUGUACAACUUCCCAUUUAGAUGGGAAAAUCUCUUUCAUUUCCUUCGUUUUGAUAAUCUUUUAUUGAACCUGCA